AUGCCGCACCGUGUCGCUCCUGGGAGAGCUCCAGGACUCGCUCAAAUUCGUGUUCAUGAGCGUAUCGCGCGCUUAAGAACGGACAAGUUAUCACCGACAGUGCUGAAAAUCACUUGGGUUGGCUUCGUAUUUCUCCAUUUCGCGUGCUUUGUAUAUUUCACGUUUACUGCUUGGUGUUACUGGAAACUACCAGGAACCCGUCUGGAUGCUUGGUUAUCUUUGCUUUAUAUCGGACUGGGUACAGAAUAUCAUCGUAUGAUCGCGUUGAUACAUUUAUCUGUGGCAAUAGUUCAUGCUGCGUACAUUAUUUGGAUGAUAGGCUGGUCAUACUGGAAAAACGAUGUGGUAUUCGCUAUCUACAACGUCGUCAAGGUUCCGGUUCAUCUCAACGGAGUUGGAGAAGAUUAUCCUCUUAUUGCACCGGUUAAAGAAGGUUUCUGCUGGGCUUAUCGAGCAGUAUUCACGCGCGACGGAUUUCUAGGAGUUGAUGGCCCGAACUUUGACUUCGUCUUACUAUGUCGAGAGAUAGUGGAGACAGCGUUGCAAACCCAGCAAGCGUAUCGCAUGAGUCUGCUACUACCACGGCGAGAGCUAAAUCGUGGAUAUGUUGCUUUACUUGUUCUAAACUGCUGGAGCACAGCACUGGUUCACUCAUAUUUUCGCAAUCAUGCCACAAGAAGACGGCUACUGGCACUAAUUUGUGACUGCAUCUUGGAUCUAGUCUCAUCUGUGGGGAUUACAAGUCUACUAGUGAUCAUGUACAUCCCAGAUUUCGAGUUUGAAACUUAUGGAUUCCCAUUUCUGAAAUGGUACGAGGACGUUUGGCGAGUCCACGCAAUGAGCGAAUUUCAAAUGAUUUUAGUGGCUUCGUGGGAGGAUUUAGCUAUGCGAUUUAUAUUCGCGCUGAGCAUGCUAGGGAACAUGAAUAAUAUCAAGAAACUCAUCCGCGCUAGGCCAAUGAAGCGCGUUAGACGUGCAACUAACGCUCGACAUCGUGCUACAGUCGUCGCACCAUUUCACGCAAGUCUAGCGACUAUAAAGAAGAAUUUUGAUGGAGUAGAUCGGGAAUCCCUGCACUUUUGGGUGGGUAAAGCAACGGAAAUGGGCUUCUUUAUGUGGGGAUUAGCGGUUUUAAUCCUUCAUUUAUACGCUGAAUCCGCGCCUGAUCUAUCGCAGUGCAAGAUGCAAGUCAAGCCGUGGACUACGUCUCAACCGAGUUGCUCCUUACUUGAGCUGAAUUGCUUUGAAUCUGGAUUUAGUGGCUCUAAAUCUGAAGUCUCAGAACAAUGGAGUGAAUUUGAUCCUGCAACUGUAAUUCGUGUGGUUAUACGCCAUUGUCCAGCGCUGGAUCUUCCUGUAAUGUUGACCGAGUUUUCUGGUUUGAAAGAGUUCAAAAUCUACAACUCUAGUAUCACGAGCUGGGAUGAAGAUGCCGCCUUCACUCAAGCAUUUCAUCCCAUGCUAACAACACUUUUUCUAAUCCGUGUAAAUAUGACGAAUGGCGAACUGCCGCUUGGUCUCCAGGCUGACAAUUUGCCCCAGUCCUUGGAAGAUAUCGAGUUUUGUGUCACAAAUCUACGUUCCCUACCUGACGAUUUGGACGUGAAAUGGCCGCAGUACGCGAGUAUCUACCUUGAAGCCAGUCAAUUUCAGGAAGUUCCCCCAUCACUGGUCCGGCUUGCUCCGUAUGAUUUAUCAUUGUCAUUGAACCCUAUUGCGGCCAUUCCUGAAGAACUUUUUGAGAGUGAAUCAGUCGCGUAUCUGAGCUUUGGAGGCACGCUAAUCUCAGAACUCCCAGAAAACGUCUCAAAUUUGGCGUCUUCAAUGUACGACAUAAACCUGAGUGAUACCAACAUUUCCUUCUUCUGGUCGUGGAUUGACCCGUUGGUCAUAACUCCGUCAAAUGCUCCUCCGAUAAGCGCUGGAGGUACCCCUUACUGUUUGGAUAUUCUGCGUAUUUUGGAAAAACGACAAACAGCGUUUGCCAUUUCCCCUCCAGAGCACAUUGAUCAGUCCAUACUGAAUGAUGCUUCUGUCGAUAACUGGGACAUCCUAGAGAAAGCCGUGUAUUGUGAAGAAGAGGAUAGCACUUGGUAUCCCCUAGACUUUGAGGAUGAAUAUAGUAAAAUUAUAUGA